AUGGACAAUACUGCCCCGCCGAAGAAGAAGCUCUCGAAGAAGGAGAAGGCCCGCCUGGAGGCCGAGCAGGCCGAGCUCAUGCGGAUUGAAAUGGAGAAGGAGAAACUCAAGAAGCUGGAGGAGGCGCGCCAGCGCAAGAAGCUGGAGAUGGAGCAGGCGAAGCACCGGCAGCAGCAGGAGGUGGCCGAGAACCGGCAGCGGCGGACGCAGCUGAAGGACAGCAUGCUCUUCUUCGACGCGGUGCGGACGGCCAUCGAGGCCAUCAAGGACGGGGAGCGGCACGAGCGGGACUGGGAGAAGUUCAUGCGGUGCAACGGGCUGCCCAACGCGGCCAGUCCGAGUGACCUGCGCAAGUACAUCCACCAGUGGCACACGGACAUCGCCAAGCGGCAUUUGGAGUCCCGCAACUGGCUCCUGCGCACCGACGAGCGCACCCUGCUCACCCAGGAUGCCCAGGUGCCAGAUCUCACCAGGAUCUCGUUGCGCCAACAGCAGGGACGACUGGGCGACGUCUACUCGCAAAGGAUUAAGGAGGUUCUGGGGAUCCUCAACGAGCUGGACGAAAUGCUGCCAUUCAAGCAGAAAUCCGCCCUUAUUGCCGCCGAUCUCGUGAAGCUUAAGACCGAGAUGAGGGUGUUCCUCAAGCAGCAUCUGGAUGAGUUUACCUACAAGACCAUGUCGCAUAUUGAAAGGGAUAUGGAAAUCGAUAGACCUGGUGUGUCGAAACACAUAUACACCUCAGAGGUUUUCCAGAGCUUUGUCUGGACCUUCUCCAAAGAUGCCCAAAUAGCUCUGAACCCAAAAGCCCGAAUUGGCGAACAGUCCGCUCAUAAUGAGAUCGAUUUCCCCACCAUCGAAAUGCAAAUCUCUUUGCCACCCACGGUUUAUCUCCAGAGUUCAGCUCUGCGGGGUCUCAGGUUGAAUUACGAUCACUUCAGUGACUACUGCAGCAGUUACUGCUUAAAACAUGCUAGAUCCGCAAAUGCUAAUAUCCUGCGGCAGACGAAGCGAGAGUGGCGCAAGCGCAAGGAGAUCCUGCAGGCGAUGCUGGACGAGUGCGGCCGGGAGAUCCCGCUCUCGGAGCUGGAGCAGCUCACCCAGGACCAGCACUCGGCCAGCUCCCAGCCGCCAAGGGAGCGCACCUACGACGUGGACAAGCUGUAUGCGGAGUACGAGGAUGAGCUGAGCAAGGCCCAUCGCAGGGCCAUUGGUCCUGAGGCCUAUGGAAUGCUGGAGACGGAUGUGAAUCUGCGCAAGUACCGCAUCAUUGGCGGUGUCUAUUGCAUCGACUUCCUGGAAACUCCGCAGCAGGAUAAGCAGUUAAAUGCCAGAUCCUUUAUACGCACCAUCACUUCGGCCAACAGUUUGGUGCACAAGGAGUACUACCAGACCUACAAGCCACCGCCUCCAGUUUUGCCGGGAGUACGGCGAUUGCCCGAGGAGAUUGAGGCCGAGAUGCGGAUGAUUGAGGCGGCUCUGGAUAAACUGGCAUUGGUCACUCUGCAAUUACCAGACUCGGUGAUUUGGUUUGAGCCACCUGUGGCCUGUCGCUGGGAAACGAAUGUGGAGACCCUGGAAAUGGAGCUGGCCGACGGGAUGAAGCCGGAGGCCAAGAAGUCACCCGGUGAGGGUGCCGAUGCCACGGAGGCAGAUGCCACGGGUGGUGGGGUGGGUGAAACGGCGGCUGCCACCACGGCCACGCCCACCGAGGCCACGCCCCUCUCCACCCACGCCCAGCCCAGCCCCCUGAAGAGCUCUCCCCGCUGCGCAGCUGCCCGUGUCCGAUCCCAGAAAUCGGACAUGGCCGGCGAAUCCAGCCGACAGCAGGUACUCCGUGAAAUCAAUGACUUCGACCUGCGGGCCAUUCCCAGCGAUGUGGAUCUGUAUGGUCUGGUCAAGGACUUUGUGGUGCCCCGGCUGCCCCAGGGAUUCUGCGUUCGCCUGGAGCAAUCGACUCCGAUUAUGUCAACGGGGUUGAGAGAGCGGAAAGUCAUGUUUCUGGCCCGUCAAACUCACAUCCGAUUGGGUCAGGGAUUGGGAUUGGGCCAAGGACAUACAGGCGACCAUGAUCAACUGGUGAUACCCAAAGAUCUACCCAAGACGGGUCUGGGAGCUGAGUUCCUGGACACCGAGGAACCGGCCGAAAUGUUUCCCCCCCUGUGCUUCGACAAGCUUCUGAAGUUCCGCCAAUUGGCACCGCGUUCCAAGCCACCCGUCCAUCUGCAGGGCUAUCUGUUCUCCCAGCUCAUCGAGGACAUGGAUCGAUUGUGGCGACUGCAGUUGCCCAGGGAUCAGCAGGAGGAACUCAUCCAGCAGAUAUCGGAGCAGCUGUCACCCACUGGUUCGCGAUCGAGUGAGACAGGUGAAAAGGAGACCAGAGAGCUGGAAAACGAAGCCGAUCUGCCGGAGAAUAUGCAACCACUUAGCCAGGAGCUAGUGGACGUCCUGCAGCCCGCCGCAGCAGCCGCCGCCUUUGCCUACUACACGGGUAUAUCCUUUGUCCGGGACUCACAGCUCCCACCGGAAGCGGAAACCGAGCCAAAGGACAAACGCUCCAACAGCUUGGACAGCAGCGAGGAAGACGACGAUGAUGUGGACAGCCUGGUGGAGCUACUCGAAGGAGGAGCCUCCACGGCGGGAAAUACCCUCCACGACCUUCUGGGUCCUCCGACUAACAGUGACAAUAGUGACAGCGAAAGUAAACAGAAAAUGAGCAAUGCGGCAGCCAUAACCCAGGGAAAGUGGAGCACCCGCGAUGUCCACGACACCAAGUUUAAUGAGGACAAGCUGUCCAUACAGUUUCGAACAGGAAGAUUGGGUAUAUUCGGAUUCGCUUUGAAUAAGUACAGCAAUAUGCCCUAUCAAACUUGGGACCUGCGGCCAGAUAUGAAAAAUCCCGGUACUAUAAUCUUCAGUUUUACGGCCUCGCUGAUCAGUUUGGAUAUGACUAUAACCGAAUUGGGCUAUACGGUUAAUAAUUUUCAGGGUGGCAGCACUCAGGGCAUUACCGAUAUGAUAGGAAAGACCCUAUCGCUUUCGGAGCUCAAGGCCACGCUGAUUCUGUCCGCCGUGGAUAUUUUCCCAGACGAAGAUGCCUUCUGCUAUACGGAGGGAUCCUGUGAGAAGAACUACGUGAUGGAGAUGCACUGCUAUGCCUGUCUUUCCACUUUGGCCCAGUCACACAACUUCAGUUGGUCACGUUGGAACCUUUUGGCCGGUUCGCGAACUGCAGUCCUGCUCGUUCGCGAAUUAAUCGAGGGCAAGAAGGUGCCGUACUACUCCACCUUAUUGGUCACCCCGCUGAAGACCUCGAUAAUUGACUGUACCGAGGUGUCGGCCAGUUUCAAUGCCGUGGGAAUCGCAGGAAUGGAGUACUAUGCCGAUCUAUAUCAACUUUCGCAGGCCCAUGCACAGCCUGGAAGUCUGGAGAAGCAAAAGACCAUGAGUCCCGUGCUCAGGGACAAUAUAGCCAAGAUAUUGAUGGCCAUUCGACCGCUUAGCUUGUGCUGA